GACAACAAUAACAACGGUGACAACCGUGACAACGAUGCCAACGGUAAUAACAAUGACAACAGUGAUGACGGUGAAAAUGGUGACAACAGUGACAAUAGUGACAACAGUAACAACAGUGACAACGAUUUUAACAGUGACAACGGUGACAAAAGUGAAAACGGUGACAACGGUGACAACAAUGACAACGGUGACAACUGUAACAACAAUGACAACGAUGACAACGGUGACAACUAUGACGACAGUGACAACGGUGACAACAGGGACAACCGGUGACAAUGGUGACAACUGUAAUAAGGGUGACAACGGCGCCAAGAGGGACAACGAUGAAAACGGUGACAACGGUAACAACAGUGAGAACCAUGAAAACGAUGACAACGGUGACAACAGUGACAGCGGUGACAACUGUAAAAAAGGUGACAACAGUGACGAUGGUGACAACAGUGACAACGGUGACAACAGUGACAACGGUGACAACAGUGACAACGGUGACAACAGUGACAACAGUGACAACGAUGACAACGGUGACAACGGUGACAACGGUGACAACAGUGAAAACAGUGAGAACGGUGACAACGGUGACAACGAUGACAACAGUGACAACGGUGACAACGGUGACAACGUGUGACAACUGUGACAACGAUGAAAACGGUGAGAACGGUGACAACAGUGACAACGAUGACAACGGUGCCAACGGUGAUUAUGUUGACAACAGUGACAACGGUGACAGAAGAGAAUACAUUGACAAAGGUGACAACAGUGACAACAAUGACAAAAGUGAAAAAGGUGACAACGAUGACAACGUGACAACAAUAAAACGGUGACAACCGUGACAACGAUGACAACGGUAAUAACAAUGACAACAGUGAUCACGGUGACAAUGGUGACAAUGGUGACAACAGUGACAAAGGUAACAACGAUUUUAACAGUGACAAAAAUGACAACGGUGACAACGGUGACAACAAUGACAACGAUGACAACUAUGACGACGGUGACAACAGGGACAACCGGUGACAAUGGUGACAACUGUAAUAUGGGUGACAAUGGCGCCAAGAGGGACAACGGCGACAACAGCCACAACAGUGACAACGGUGACAACGGUGAGAACAGUGACAACGAUGACAACGAUGACAACGGUGACAACGGUGACAACAGUGGAAACAGUGACAACGGUGACAACGGUGACAACGGUGACAACGAUGACAACAGUGACAACGGUGACAACUGUGACAACCAUGAAAACGGUGACAACGGUAACAACAGAGACAACGGUGACAACGGUAACAACAGUGAGAACCAUGAAAACGAUGACAACGGUGACAACAGUGACAACGGUGACAACGGUAAAAAAGGUGACUACAGUGACAAUGGUGACAACAGUGACAACGGUGACAACGGUGAUUAUGUUGACAACAGUGACAACGGUGACAGAAGAGAAUACAUUGACAAAGGUGACAACAGUGACAACAAUGACAAAAGUGAAAAAGGUGACAACGAUGACAACGUGACUACAAUAAAACGGUGACAACCGUGACAACGAUGACAACGGUAAUAACAAUGACAACAGUGAUCACGGUGACAAUGGUGACAAUGGUGACAACAGUGACAAAGGUAACAACGAUUUUAACAGUGACAACAAUGACAACGGUGACAACGGUGACAACAAUGACAACGAUGACAACGGUGACAACUAUGACAACGGUGACAACGGUGACAACAGGGACAACCGGUGACAAUGGUGACAACUGUAAUAUGGGUGACAAUGGCGCCAAGAGAGACAACGGCGACAACAGCCACAACAGUGACAACGGUGACAACGGUGACAACGGUGAGAACAGUGACAACGAUGACAACGAUGACAACGGUGACAACGGUGACAACAGUGAAAACAGUGACAACGGUGACAACGGUGACAACGAUGACAACAGUGACAACGGUGACAACUGUGACAACCAUGAAAACGGUGACAACGGUAACAACAGAGACAACGGUGACAACGGUAACAACAGUGAGAACCAUGAAAACGAUGACAACGGUGACAACAGUGACAACGGUGACAACGGUAAAAAAGGUGACUACAGUGACAAUGGUGACAACAGUGACAACGGUGACAACAGUGAGAACGGUGACAACAGUGACAACGGUGACACCGGUGACAACGAUGACAACAGUGACAACGGUGACAACUGUGACAACGAUAAAAACGGUGAGAACGGUGACAACAGUGACAAAGAUAACAAAGGUGACAACAGUGACAACGAUGACAAAAGUGACAACAGUGACAACGAUGACAACGUGACAACAAUAACAACGGUAACAACCGUGACAACGAUGACAACGGUAAUAACAAUGACAAAAGUGAUCACGGUGACAAUGGUGACAACAGUGACAACAGUGACAAUAGUGACAACAGUGACAACGGUGACAACGCUGACAAUUGUGACAACGAUGAAAACGGUGACAACGGUAACAACAGUGACAACGGUGACAAGGGUAACAACAGUGAGAACCAUGAAAACGAUGACAACGGUGACAACAGUGACAAAGGUGACAACAGUGACAAUGGUGACAACAGUGACAACAGUGACAACGGUGACAACAGUGACAAUGGUGACAACAGUGACAACGGUGACAACAGUGACAACGGUGACAACAGUGACAACAGUGACAACGAUGACAACGGUGACAACGGUGACAACAGUGAAAACAGUGACAACGGUGACAACGGUGACAACGAUGACAACAGUGACAACGGUGACAACGGUGACAACUGUGACAACUGUGAUAAUGAUGAAAACGGUGAGAACGGUGACAACAGUGACAAAGAUAACAAAGGUGACAACAGUGACAACGAUGACAAAAGUGACAACAGUGACAAUGAUGACAACGUGACAACAAUAACAACGGUGACAACCGUGACAACGGUAAUAACAAUGACAACAGUGAUCACGGUGACAAUGGUGACAACAGUGACAACAGUGACAAUAGUGACAACAGUGACAACGGUGACAACGAUCUUAACAGUGACAACGGUGACAAAAGUGAAAACGGUGACAACGGUGACAACAAUGACAACGGUGACAACGGUGACAACAAUGAAAACGAUGACAACGGUGACAACGGUGACAACUAUGACGACGGUGACAACGGUGACAACAGGGACAACCGGUGACAAUGGGGACAACUGUAAUAUGGGUGACAACGGCGCCAAGAGGGACACCGGCGACAACAGCCACAACAGUGACAACGGUGACAACGGUGACAACAAUGACAACGGUGACAACGGUGACAACAAUGACAACGAUGACAACGGUGACAACGGUGACAACUAUGACGACGGUGACAACGGUGACAACAGGGACAACCGGUGACAAUGGGGACAACUGUAAUAUGGGUGACAACGGCGCCAAGAGGGACACCGGCGACAACAGCCACAACAGUGACAACGGUGACAACAAUGACAACGGUGACAACAAUGACAACGAUGACAACGGUGACAACGGUGACAACUAUGACGACGGUGACAACGGUGACAACAGGGACAACCGGUGACAAUGGGGACAACUGUAAUAUGGGUGACAACGGCGCCAAGAGGGACACCGGCGACAACAGCCACAACAGUGACAACGGUGACAACGGUGACAACGGUGAGAACGGUGAGAACGGUGACAACGAUGACAACGGUGACAACGGUGACAACAGUGAAAACAGCGACAACGGUGACAACGGUGACAACGAUGACAACAGUGACAAAGGUGACAACGGUGACAACUGUGACAACAAUAAAAACGGUGACAACGGUAACAACAGUGACAACGGUGACAACGGUAACAACAGUGAGAACCAUGAAAACGAUGACAACGGUGACAACAGUGACAACGGUAACAACGGUAAAAAAGGUGACAACAGUGACAAUGGUGACAACGGUGACAACAGUGACAAUGGCGACAACAGUGACAACGGUGACAACAGUGACAACGGUGACAACAGUGACAACAGUGACAACGAUGACAACGGUGACAACGGUGACAACAGUGAAAACAGUGACAACUGUGACAAUGGUGACAACGAUGACAACAGUGACAACGGUGACAACAGUGACAACGGUAACAACGGUAAAAAAGAUGACAACAGUGACAAUGGUGACAACAGUGAAUACGGUGACAACGGUGACAACGGUAAAAACAGUGACAACAGUGACAAUGGUGACAAUGGUGACAACAGUGACAACCGUGACAACGGUGACAAAGGUGAAAACGGUCACAACGGUGACAACAGUGACAACGAUGACAAUGGUGACAGCAAAGACAACGAUGACAACCGGUGACAACAGGAACAACCGGUAACAAUGGUGACAACUGUGAUAUGGGUGAAAAUGGCGCGAAGAUGGACAACGGCGACAACAGCGACAAGAGUGACAACUGUGACAACGAUGAAAACGGUGACAAUGGUGACAACGGUGACAACGAUAACAACAAUGACAACAGUGACAACGAUGACGACGGUGACAACGGUGAUUAUGGUGACAACAGUGACAACGGUGACAACGGUGAUAAAGGACAAUACAGUGACAAAGGCGACAACAGUGACAACGAUGACAACAGGGACAACAGUGAGAACGAUGACAACUAGACAACGGUGACAACGGUGACAACUGUGACAACGAUGACAACAAUGAUAACAAUGACAACAGUGAUCACGGUGACAAUGGUAACAACAGUGACAACAGUGACAAUAGUGACAACAGUGAAACCAGUGACAACGCUGACAACGAUCUUAACAGUGACAACGGUGAUAAAGGUGACAACGGUGACAACGGUGACAACAAUGACAACGGUGACAAAAGAGACAACAGUGACAACGGUGACAACGAUGAAACCGGUCACAACGGUGAUAUCGAUGACAACGGUGACAACUAUGACGACAGUGAAAAAAGGGACAACCGGUGACAACUGUAAUAUGGGUGACAACGGCGCCAAGAGGGACAACGGCGACAACGGCGACAACAGCCACAACAGUGACAACGGUGACAACGAUGACAACGGUGACAACAGUGACAACGAUGACAACGGUGACAACAGUGACAACGGUGACAACAGUAACAACAGUGAAAAGAGUGAGAACGGUGACAAAAGUGACAACGGUGCAAACAGUGACAACCGGUGAGAACCGUUACAAUCGUGAUGACGGUAAAAACAGUGACAUCGGUGACAAAAGGUGACAAUAGGUGACAACAGUGACAACAGUGACAAUGAUGAAAACGGUUAGAACAGUGACAACGGUGACAAUGGUGACAACAGUGACAACGGUGACAACGGUGACAAUGGUGAAAACAGUGACAACGGUGACAACAGUGACAACGAUGACAACGGUGAUAACAAUGACAACAGUGAUGACGGUGACAAUCGUGAAAACGCUGACAACAGUGACAACAGUGACAACAGUGACAACAGUGACAACGUUGACAACGGUGACAACGGUGACAACGGUAACACUAAUGACAACGGUGACAAAAGAGACAACAGUGAGAACGGUGACAACAGUGACAAUGAUGAAACCACUGAAAACGGUGAAAACGAUGACAACGGUGACAACGGUGACAACUAUGACGACGGUGACAACAGUUACAACGGUGACAACGGUGACAAUGAUGACAACAGCGACAACAGUAACAACGCUGAGAACGGUGACGACGAUGACAACAGUGACAACAGCGACAACGCUGACAACGUGACAACGGCGACAAUGGUCACAACCGUGACAACGAUGACAACGGUGACAACAAUGACAACACUAAUCACGGUGACAAUGGUGACAACAGUGACAACGGUGACAAAAGUGACAAGAGUGACAACGGUGACAACGAUGACAACAGUGAAAACGAUGACAACAGUGACAACAGUGACAACAAUGACAACGGUGAAAACCGUGAGAACGGUGACAACGGUGACAACAGUGACAACGGUGACAAGGAUCACAAAAGUGACAACGAUAACAACAGUGACAGCGGUGACAACAGAGACAACGGUGACAAAAGUGAAAACAGUAACAACGGUGAGAACAGUGACAACGGUGACAAUGGUGACUACGAUGACAACAGUGAGAACAGUGACAAGAGUGAUUACGGUGACAACCGUAACAGCGGUAAGAACGGUGAGAAUGGUGACAACAGUGACAUUGGUGAAAAUAGUGACAACAGUGACAAUGGUGACAAUGGUGAUUACGGUGACAACAGUGACAACAGUGAAAACGAUGACAACGGUGACAACAGUGACAACGGUGACAACAGUGACGACGCUGACAACAGUGAUAAUGAAGACAACAGUGACAACGGUGAAAACAGUGACAAUGGCUACAACAGUGACAACCAUGACAACGGUGACAAUAGUAAAAACGGUGACAACGGUGCAACAGAGGUGACAACAGUGACAACGGUGACAACAGUAACAACAGUGAAAACAGUGACAACGGUGACAAAAGUGACAACGGUGCAAACAGUGACAACCGGUGAGAACCGUUACAAUCGUGAUGACGGUAAAAACAGUGACAUCGGUGACAAAAGGUGACAAUAGGUGACAACAGUGACAACGGUGACAACGGUGACAACGGUGAAAACAGUGAAAACGGUGACAACCGUGACAACAAUAACAACAGUGACAACAAUGACAACAGUGACAACGGUGAUAACAAUGAUAACAAUAACAACAGUGACAACGGUGACAACGGUGAAAACAGUGACAAUGGUGACAACGGUGACAAUGGUGAAAACAGUGACAACAGUGACAACGGUGACAACAGUGACAAAGGUGACAAUGAUGACAACAGUGACAACGGUGAUAAUGGUGACAACGAUGACAACAGUGACAAUGGUGACAACAGUGACAACGGUGACAACAGUGACAACGGUGAGAACCGUGACAAUGGUAACAACAGUGACAACGGUGACAAGGGUAACAACAGUGAGAACCAUGAAAACGAUGACAACGGUGACAACAGUGACAACGGUGACAACAGUGACAAUGGUGACAACAGUGACAACAGUGCCAACGAUGACAACGGUGACAACGGUGACAACAGUGAAAACAGUGACAAC